CUUCCUUAAUGUGCGAUUAUAAACUUCCUUUCUGUUUUUUAAAAUCAAGUGUUCUAUUAAUACUAAAUUGUAUUAACGUUUGCACAGGAUGUUAUCAGUUUCUUUAUUCUAAUAAUGGAUAUGCAUAUAUUCAUCACAUGAAGGGAUGGAAUACAGAAAAUUGCUUUUCGUCCAUUUAUUGAUCGCCAUUCAAGUCUUGGUAACAAUAAUACAAUGCAACCCGAUCGUUGUACCAUCUGGGAGCGUGUCUGUUCUAAGAGGCCAAAACAAGACGCUAUCCUGUUCCUAUGAAGGACAACGUACCGAUCUUACUACAACAUGCGUAUGGGAUUCCGGAAGAAAUGGUACAUUUAAUUACAAGGUAUAUCUUCAACAAUCACCAAAUGGCACAUGCACGAAACUAUUUGGGAACGAAUCCAAGUAUGGAUACUCCUGCCAAGGGAACAACGUGUUCACAAUCACCAUUUAUAAUAUCGGGGAAGAACGUAAUGGAGAACAAUGGCAAUGUCAUCAGCUCAUAGGCUCAACCGGUGAUUAUCGGAAUAGCAACCAAAUAACUAUUGAAUUACAAGCUUUAGUCCCAAUCACGGCGGUAACCAUGACAGAUCCCACAAUUUUAACAGUGACAAUUGACGCCGGUUCUUUUGAGAUAUUCAAAUGUAGGACAUCAGGUGGACUUCCCAUGGCGACGAUAAAAUGGUUUAAGGUCACAGGAGACACGUGCUCUCAGUCUGGGGCGGAAAUCACGUCUUUAGUUUCAAGUUCUUCUGUCAGUGAUGUCGAGGGCCUGGAUCAUGUAGAGAGUAUAUUGACCUUCACCGCUUCCAGUAAAGAUAAUGAAUUGAGAAUAUGUUGCAUGGCCAGUAAUGUUGCCGGGAAGCAGCUUGUGUCUGAGACAAGAAUUCUGGAUGUUAAAUUCAAUACAUCAAUUUCUAGAUUUGAUGUCAGUGCCUUUCCAAAUCAAAAUAUCGUUAUCGUUAAUGAAUCAGAGACAGUUGUAAUCGUAUGUGAGGUUUUAAGCAACCCUAACUCUACGCUCAGACUGACACAAAACCACAUGGCAACAAUCUUAAUUGAAAGCGAAAAUAUUAUCCAAAUAGAGUAUAUAAUUCAAUACGCCACAUGCUCUGAUGCUGCUGUCUACACUUGUUCAGGAUUUAACAACUACACAGAUUUGGAAAGAACGCCAUCGAAAGUGUUGCAGUUGUUGGUGAAAUGCUCUCCUAGACCGUCCGAUAGCCCUGAACAUCUAAAGCGAAAUUUCACUGGAAUCUUAGACGGAAAUGUUACUUUUACCUUUAUGGCUGUUGCAUAUCCACCGCCGAUGUUUGAAUGGCAAAUGUGGAAUGGAACAUCAUAUUACAAAGUUAAUGGAGGAAGACAUCUUAUCACAUCAUCAGAUCUGCUCACAUCAUUAACUAUUUUGCAUAUUGAAAAAUACGAUUUUGUCUCAUAUAUUCUAAAAGUUGCGAAUGGAAUACAACCAUAUUUACGGGAACCAUUUUAUCUAAUCCCUCGAGAUGUGCCACAGUGCCCUACAAACUUUAUCCUUCUUUCGAAAUCAACUACAAUGGCAACAGUGCAGUGGAAAGGAGAGUUUAAUGGAGGGCUUCAACAGACAUUCGUUCUGAUUUAUAAGAAGCGAUCUGACUCCAAAUACUACACUAUAACCAUGCCAGUGGAUGAUGAAACAGUGGUAUACAAAGUGGAAAUAUCAAGUUUAGAAGACGGCCAACUCUACGAUAUACUUUUAUAUUCACUGAACGCCAUCGGCCCAUGCGGAGCAAAUGCGUCACUGGAAGUUGGAACAGACACAGAAGACUUAACUCCAAAUUCUGCUCCUAUUAUUGGUGGUGUUGUUGGUGGAAGUCUCGGGGUAGUUGUUGCUGUAAUCAUCUUGGUGUUCAUUCUGAGACGUAAAAACACAUUGAACUGUGCCUGCAUCAUGUCCAUAUCGAUGGAAGAAGAUAUGGAUUCAGGUCAAAAUUGCCAUAAUGGUGACAAUCCAGGAUAUAACGCUGCAGUAACGUAUGAAGUUGUAUCAGCAACCAAAGAGACGCCCGUUUACGAUGCUUUAAAUGCUGGAAACGAUGGACCCGACAAUUCGCACUUGUACACGCCGCUGGAGGAUUCCAAUCCAAAGUCACGUGUUUAUUACGAGAAUACUAAGAGAGAAGAUCCUGUUUACAACAACCAAGUGCAGACAGUGCUUUAAUUAUAUGACAAUUUGACAUUAAAUCAGGACUUGAACUGCGUUAUAAAAGGAAAAAAGACGAGCAUGUGCAUAUUUAAUCUGUCAUAAUUUAAAAGUUCUCGCAGCACACGUAUCAUCAAUUAUAAAUGAGCUCAUUUUACUUGUUGCACAUUACACACGUGAGUUCCCGCCCCUGAACGUAUGGGGGCAAGGGAGGGAACCGCAUACCGCCUCUGCAAGGAAGAAGACUUUACCGUUUAUGUUCACAGCGCCUCCUACAACCAUUUCCGGACGCUCGUCUAAGCAGAUAAACUCGGAGGCUGAGGCGUGUUGGUAAUCUCCUGCUACUUAGUAUCCGCUUAAAAGCAUAAAAUAAAGCUCACAUUUCGGCUAAUUAUAAGUCAAUGAUGGAAGUGAAAUUACACAUUAAAAUUCUUUUUGUCGACGGUAGCUCAAGCCGGCAUGAAUUUAUUGGGUUCUGUUGUUUAUGCCAAGUGAUAACAACAAGCCUGCAAUAAAUAUCCAAGAUAUUUAUUUAUGAAAAUAAGGCAUGACUGUAGUCAACAACCGAAUAUGGCAAAAUGCCCAGAUUACAAUCAACAAUAUGUAAACAAUACAACAAAAACAAAUACAACUAACCUGCAAUAAAUAUCCAAGAUAUUUAUUUAUGAAAAUAAGGCAUGACUGUAGUCAACAACUGAAUAUGGCAAAAUGCACAGAUUAUAGCACUUGACAUAUUAAAAACAGUCAUGCGUGAAAGGUUAGUUUAACAGGAUUAGGUUGAUCACAGGACAGUAGGGGCGGAGAUUUAGUUGAGAAAUGAUAAGAAUUGUAAAAUAGAGAUCACAAGACAGUAGGGGCGGAGCUUUAGUUAAGAAAUGAUAAGAAUUGUAAAAUAGAGAUCACAAGACAGUAGGGACGGAGCUUUAAUUGAGAAAUAAUAUGAAUAAUGAAAUAGAGAAAAUGGUAAUUUGUAUUACAAGGAACUUGGUAUACAGAAGCAAGGCUCCUGACAAACAAUCACAUUUAAAGAUAAUCAUUUAUUAUCAUUUUAUUACAAUUCCAAAUACAAGU